CAAAUUCACAGCACACAAUGAAACGCGUCAGGUCCUAUAUCAUAUAAGUAAUUUUAUAUACUUCACGUUCCUCGUUGUGCCAGUCUCAUUAGUGAAGAAAAACGCCGGAAUCACCAAUGUCUUCUUCAAAAGAUCCUGGCAAACCGUAUUCUUGUAGCCACACAAAGUUCUUCAUUGUAACAUUCCUUUCGCAUACAUUGCUACUUUGUGCAGGCAUCGUUCCUAUGUAUAUCACAACAAAUCAUCGUCUAGUGACUGUCGAAGAUCGCUUAACGGUGCACGAUAYGGAACUCAAUUCUUGCUGUCUUGUGAAAGAAGGAUAUGGUAAUUUUCAAGUACGAACAGAUCACGAGGAAACAAAGGUCACACUGAAUAGAGAAAAAGAUGUUCAGACGCAUUUUAUCGACCGCGUAAAACGCAACACUCCUCACAUAUCUCGUGAUGUCUUGAAUUCGAUUCGCAUGGAAGUACGCAAUCACAUUUUAAACCUCACGGCAUCGCAGUUUUGUCAAGUGCCUGAUAAGAUUUGCACUCGUGGAGCUCCGGGUAAAAGAGGACUAAGGGGGAGAAGAGGGUCUCGUGGAAGAAGAGGUCGACCAGGUCAUAAGGGAAUAAAAGGCCUUCCUGGAAAGUACGGUAAACAAGGACUACGAGGAUUUCCUGGACAAAAGGGACAAAAGGGCGAUAUCGGAAAUCGAGGACCGCCAGGUCUGCCGGGACCGAAAGGGGAACGAGGGAAAGAGGUUACUGAGCCUUCGGUACUUAUUUCACCAUCGACACUGACAGUUACUGAGAACCAGACAGCUACCUUUCAUUGCAAUGCUCACGGUUAUCCCAAACCACAGAUAACAUGGAAAAUGGUAUCUGGAAAACAGAUUGAUUUUGGUAAAACCCGAAUAGACAAAUCAGGAUUGCUUGAAAUCUCGAAUGUGAGUGAAAACGAUACAGGAAACUACACGUGCUCUGCAAAGAGUGUUCUCGGUGAGGAUGCAAAUACGGUAUCACUUCUUGUCAAAUUUCCACCUAGAUUCACCGAGGUACAGAAGCCAUUUCAAACAAUUCUUCAAGGGAGUACUGUGAAUUUAAAAUGCGCUGCAUUGGGUUAUCCACCACCAAUCAUCACCUGGACUAAAAUGCUUGGUUCUCUUCCUACAAAACGAAGUCAGCAAAAUGGCGGGAAACUGACCAUAACUAGAUUCCAGCAAAGUGAUAGUGGAUCUUAUAAAUGUGAAGCUGUGAACUCCGUCGGGAAAAAUAUAUUCUACACGACAUUGAGCUUUGGGACAUGUACUAGGCGCAAGGCACUUGGUAUGCAAAGUAAGGCUAUCCGUGACUCGCAGAUUACAGCUUCCUCGUCCUAUAAUUUAAGAUAUCUCCCUUCUUAUGGUAGACUUAACAUAGUCCUUGGUAAUGGUGGAUGGCUGGCUCGCUCAAAUACAAUAGGAGAGUGGAUACAAGUUGACUUUCUUCAAGCAACUAGAAUUACAGCAAUUGCAACUCAAGGUACUCCUAAGUAUGAUGAAUGGACGUCAACCUACAGUCUUCAGCACAGCUACGAUGGAACUAGCUUCAGAGACUAUGAAGGGGGAAAGACUUUACCUGGAAAUUCCGAUAGAUCAACAGUUGUAAAAAACAACCUUGACCCUGCUAUAACUGCCAGAUAUAUCAGACUUCUACCAAAGACAUACAAUAACUACAUGGUUAUUAGAAUGGAACUAUAUGGAUGCCAACUAUAAAACCAAACUAUAAAUGUAAAAGGCUAUUAUAACUGCUUUUACUGCGCCCUGGCAGAACCCGUCAAGAUCUACAAAGGACAAGGAUUCGUAACUAUAGAUCGACAGUACACAAACUGGUGGUUAUAGCUCCUGUAGAGGAACAGAAGUAAAUAUUUGACUAUUUACUUUGAUAUGAUUUUGUCAUGCCUACACUUUAUUUCUCGGUGGCCGGAUCGGAGUGUAUCGUUUAAAUACUAAUCGAUAUUGUAUUGUGUGAUUGCGUUACGUCGCGCCUUACGUAGUUUUACGUCACUGAAUGUAAUUAACUUAAUUAUCGUUAUUCAUUGUGAAGACCUUGUAUUAUCGGAAGGACCAUAAGAUUUCGAAUCGCCCCGUGUAAGAGAAUCCGGAAUCCACUAAAAAAACAGCUUUGGAAUCCGGAAUCCCUAUCCUGGAAUCCGGAAUCUAAAUAUUUGGAAUCCAUAAUCUGGAAUCCAGCAAAAAAAUUGUUGAUAUCUAAAAGACACAUAGGACAUCGUCCCGCUGACGCCCCUGCGCAGGCUACUGACACGCUGAAUAUAAAAUUUUCAGGAAAAAAACCCCCUGAAAAUCAGGCCAUUUAUUGUACAGAAUCCAAAACAAAAAUUCUUUGGAAUCCGGAAUCCCAAGGCUUGAAAUCCGGAAUCCAAUGUUUCGGAAUCCGGAAUCCAGCGCUUGGAAUCCGGAAUCCUCUAGUUCUCUGGAUUCUCUUACAUGGGGCGAUUUCGAACCAUAUAAUUGUUGGUGAUCAACUCAGUAAUUCUGAUAAUUGGUCACGAUGACAAUAAAGUGUUUGGAACUGUG